AUGAAAGAUCUGGGUGCAGCGAAGCAGAUUCUAGGGAUGCGAAUCAGUAAGGAUGAAGUUGAAGGGAUGUUGAGGUUGAGCCAAGCUGAAUAUAUCAAGAAGGUACUUCAGAGAUUUAAUAUACAGAAUGCUAAGGUUGUUAGCACAUCCCUUGGAAGCCAGUUCAAGUUAUCUAAGGAGCAAUCACCUAAGACAGAUACAGAGAGAGGGCAUAUGAGUAUGGUGUCAUAUUCUUCGGUCAUUGGGAGUCUCAUGUAUGCGAUGUCCAAAUGUUGUUCGCUCUUGUUCUUUCCCACCAAUGUAACCCAUAAUUUCUUUUUUACUUACUGCAUUCUUUUUCUUUGUAGGAAAUGCCUUCCUGAUGGGAAUCUAUUGCAAACAAAAAUCCACAAUAUUGGCGCAACCCUUGUUGGAGUUGAUAAAUUUGGAAACAAGUACUAUGAGAAACUGGAAAACACUCAAUAUGGACGACACAGGUGGGUAGAGUAUGCAGAUAAGGGACGCUAUAAUGCUUCCCAAGUGCCUGCUGAGUGGCAUGGUUGGUUGCACUUCGUCACCGACCACACUGGCGAUGAGCUUCUGAUGCUGAAACCGCAGAGGUAUGGACUGGAGCACAAGCAGAACUUCUCUGGAGAAGGUGAGCAGUACAUCUACCACUCAAAGGGUCACACUCUGAACCCCGGGCAGAGGGACUGGACUCGCUACCAGCCAUGGCAACCCGCUAAAACCUCGUAGGUUCAUCGUUGUUGUUGGAUAAUGUUGAUGACCCAUCGAAGAGCUUUGUUCUCAACAUAAUCAUUUACUGUUGUCUCUUUUAUAAGUGCGAUUUGAUUUGAUGUUCCUCUGGAACCAGUGUUCUGUAUCUGUCAAGUUCAGUUCAUAAAAAAAGGGAUGUUAUUCUCGCACUUUUGUUUUAACGAGGAAAUUGUGGAAUUGACUUUGUAUGCUUAUCAGUGGUGAUUGAAAGCAGUUAUACAUGAUACUGUUGUUUGCAUGUAACUAUAAUUCUCAAAAGUUUAGUUU